AUGGCGGUAGCUCUGGAUGAAGUGUGGGGGCGGGUGAAGAAUGUCUGCAAGCAGAAUGGACUGCUCAUCCUGUCCGUGUUAGCUGUGGUCAUUGGUUGCCUGCUGGGCUUCUUCCUCAGAGGCAAGCAGCUCUCCGAGCAGGAAGUGAAGUACUUCCAAUUUCCUGGAGAGCUGCUAAUGAGGAUGUUGAAGAUGCUGAUUUUGCCUCUGGUUGUAUCCAGCUUGAUGUCAGGCCUGGCUGCCCUGGACGCCAAGUGCUCCAGCCGACUGGGCAUCAUGACCAUCUCCUACUACCUCUGGACCACCUUUGUUGCCGUGGUAGUUGGUAUCGUCAUGGUAUCCAUAAUCCACCCGGGUGGCGCUGCCCAGAAGGAGGACUCUGAGGACAGCGGGAAGCCAAUCAUGAGCUCCGCUGACGCCCUGCUGGAUCUCAUCCGCAACAUGUUCCCGGCCAACCUGGUUCAAGCUACUUUUCAACAGUAUCGUACCCAGAGCAUCCCAGUGCCCCGGCCCAAGCCAACAGUUGCCCAGCUCCUGGAUGAGACAACCACACGAAGGGUCUUCAUCUAUGGCAUUCAGGACGACAAUGGCACCGACAUCCAGAACUUUUCCCUGGAUCUGACGCCGCCGCCUGAUGUCAUCAUGCGAACAUCGCCUGGCACCAGUGAGGGCAUGAACGUCCUGGGAAUAGUCAUUUUCUCCGCUACCAUGGGCAUAAUGUUGGGUAGAAUGGGACCCAACGGCAGCGCUUUGGUCAACUUCUGCCAGAGUUUGAAUGAGGCUGUUCUGAAGAUUGUUGCCAUUGUCAUCUGGUACUUCCCCUUUGGGAUCGUGUUCCUGGUGGCCGGUAAGAUCUUGGAGAUGGACGAUCCGUCAGCUAUGGGGAAGAAGCUGGGCUUUUACGCCAUCACCGUAGUAAUGGGGCUGGUGCUGCAUGGCCUCUUCAUCCUUCCAGCCAUGUACUUCUUCAUCACCAAGAAAAGCCCCAUCGUUUACAUCAGGGGCAUUCUGCAGGCCCUGCUCAUCUCCCUGGCCACUUCCUCCAGCUCCGCCACUCUGCCUAUCACCUUCAAGUGCCUGCUUGAGAACAACCACAUCGACAGACGCAUCAUCCGCUUCGUGCUCCCCGUGGGUGCCACCAUCAACAUGGAUGGCACUGCGCUCUAUGAGGCUGUGGCAGCCAUCUUCAUCGCUCAAGUGAACAAUUACGAGCUUGAUUUUGGCCAGAUCAUCACCAUAAGUAUUACGGCCACUGCAGCUAGUAUCGGUGCAGCUGGAAUCCCACAGGCUGGACUUGUAACCAUGGUGAUCGUGCUGACCUCUGUGGGCCUGCCCACCGAUGACAUCACUCUCAUCAUCGCUGUUGAUUGGGCUUUGGAUCGAUUCAGGACUAUGGUGAAUGUGAUGGGAGACGCCUUGGCCACAGGAAUUAUGGCUCAUAUCUGUAGAAAGGACUUCGUCAAGGAGGGGGAGCAGGUGCCUCUAAUCUGUGAGACCAAGCCCAUGAUCAGCAUCCAGCAGAUGAUGACCUACCAGAACCAGAAAAAUGGCUGCUACCAGCCCCCUCCACCAGGCGGCAAGCAGGACCACCUCUCCCCGGAUGUAGCUCGCCUGAUCCAGCUAGAGGAGGGGGUUCGGCCAACAGAAAAGAAGAAGCAUGCUCACAGCUCCCACCACAAGAGAGACCACAGGGACAAGGACCACUGUUCCAUUGAUAUGAAUGGGCUGGAGACUAAUGUAUAAAAAAAAAAAAAAAAAAUUUUAAAAAAUUAAAAAAACAUUUGCCCUGACACCACCUACUGGCGCACCCUGAGCUGCAGGGCAGGUGGGAGAGGGAGACAAAUCGGAGGGUUGAAGUGAUCAAGCGCACACACACUUUCCCUCUGAGAAGCAGUCCAAGGUGGACGGACACAGACGACCCAGGAAGAAAAGACAGUUUUCUACGUAACCUAAGUAAUGACCCACUUUUGAUUGUGUGUGUUUGUACGUGUACAUAUUUAUCAGAGAUGUAUUAUUUGGUGCCAGCAGUGACAGUGGCGUUCUACAAGUCGAGCAGGAUAGAAAUGUAGGAGGCAGUGUACGAAAAGCUGCUUGGCAGACAGAUGGACCCGUGUGUGUGCACAAGAUGUCCGAGUUGUGGUUCUGUCUCUGAGAUCCGAACAUCCUCCCAGAUGUGUGAGGAGUAACGCACACGGAGAACACAAACACAACAGCUAAUAUCAAAUAUAAUGUCGACAAGCCUGUCCUUUAGUGGACUGUAGAAAACAAAACAGCAAGCACCCAUUCAUUUCUCUUUUUAAUUCAUUAUGGUUUCUUAUUGUAUGUUUUUAUCAGAACCUGGGUUGGGUUUUCCUUCCAUUUUUGUAUAUUUAUUUAUAUAUUUAUUUGUCAUUCAGUUUUCCUGUUCUAAAACAAUAGGGUGUUUUAUUUUCCUUGUUUUUCCCAUCAUAAUGAUUGAUUGUGUUGAAAAUUUCAUCACUUACUUCACUGCAGAGCUUUCAUACCUCCACAUUGCCAGAGAUGCUGCUGUUCAAUGCAUAAUCGACAGCUAAAGUUAUUUUUCA